CAACAGACUAACAGUAUACCCAACGGUACUAUAUUGGUAACAGAUCAAAGAGCAGAGAGUUCAGAGUCAAAAGAUAUGAUGAGAGGAUCUUGUAAGAGUCUCAGACUCACCGAUUUGAUGGAGAAGUGGAGGAAGUGGAAGAAGGGACACUUCGCUGUGUACACCAGAGAAGGCAGGAGGUUUGUUUUGCCGUUGGAUUAUCUGAAACAUCCAAUCUUUCAGGUCUUACUGGAGAUGGCAGAGGAAGAGUUUGGCUCCACCAUUUGUGGCCCUUUACAGGUUCCUUGCGAUGGAGGUUUGAUGGAUCACAUCCUCAUGUUGUUGAGAAGGCCGAGUUUGUCUGGCCAUGGUGAUGAUGAUGAUGAUGAUGUUGAUAUAAAGAAGAAGAACCAUGAUGUGUCCUUCAUGAGCAUGUCGUGCAAAGGAGCUUCAUCGGUUUCAUAUUUCUUCCCUCUCUUUCGUUGCAACGCAGCUCAUGAUCAGGACAAGCUUCAGUCUUUAGUUUUUUAACAGUUUAUGCGUUGUGGAGAGCGCUUUUACAUACAAGAGUCUUUUCUGUUUGUAUAUAAAUAGAGAAACAGAGAUUCUAUAUAAUCCUUCACUUUGUAUAUCA